ACAGCAACAAUCUACAACGUCUGCGUCACAACCUACAACUGAUAUCUAUCCACUCGACUCUGUAGUAUACCUACAGCAUACCUACUGCAGCAGAGCCAGACUCUAACUGUCUAUAGUCUACAUCAUGUCCGCUCGAAUUGUCACCGUGUUUGGAGCUACAGGCGCCCAGGGUGGUGGAGUAGCUCGUGCAUUACUCGAACGUGGCGGCUCCUGGAAAGUGCGCGGUGUCACCCGCAACCCUGAGUCCGAAAAAGCCAAAGCUCUCACUGCCCUCGGAGCAGAAAUGGUCAAGGCAUCUCUAGAUGACAAAGAGAGCAUAAAGCGAGCAGUAGCCGGCUCGUAUGCUGCCUUUGUUGUGACCAACUACUGGGAGAUAAUGGACGCAGCACGGGAGACUAAGCAGGGAAAAGAUGCAGCAGACGCAUGCAAAGAGGUAGGAGUCAAGCACUACAUCUACAGCGGGCUGGAAAAUGUGAAGAGGAUUGCGGGUAUCGACGUGCCUCAUUUCGAUGCCAAAGGAGAAGUAGAAGACUACCUGCCUUCUGUUGGUCUUCCCUAUACAAUCAUCAGAUUUCCUGCUUAUUAUGAUUUCUGGCCGAAGUCUGGGCAGAAGCAAGACGAUGGGACAUAUGCUCUCACCAUGUGUAUGGGGAAGGAUCCACUUCAUGGGUUGGCAGUGAGCGAUGCUGGUCCUGCUGUUGCAUCGAUCCUGGAAAAUCGUGAAGAAUACAUCGGGAAGACGAUCGGCUUGUCAGGCGAUUGUCGACCUGUUUCGGAGUACACCGACGUCUUGACGAAAAACACAAACAAAACAUACAAAUACGUUGAAGUUGACUACGAGACGUUUGCUAAGUUUGGAUUUCCGGGGGCCGACGAUAUGGCUAUGAUGUUCAAGUUCUAUCGAACCGACAAGUUUCAUCGUGAUAUCGAAUUGACGAGGAAGCUGAAUCCCAAAGUUCAGACAUUCGAGGACUACGUGAAAGCCAAUCGUGCCACCAUUGACGCCAUCUAAGAAACAACUCUAUCAUCAUACGCAUGCUGUCAAAGAUAGACAAAGCACAGUGACAAUUUUGCUGUUGCACAAUAGUUAUUAGGAUUGGCUUCAUAGCGAUUCAUACUUUGAUGGUGAUAGAUUGUGGUUUACUGCA